AUCGUUGAGAUAGCGCGUGCCGCUCCGCUUACCGAUGCGUCCUAGAGUUCUCGUUUGCAUCCAUUGGAAAAUGACAUGAUAUGUGUAUUACAUUGAAAAGUCAGCCUUCUCCUAAGAAUCAAGCAAGAGAAUUCAUUAUUUAAAAAAGGCUUGCGUAAUAUUGAGCUAAGAUAAAUUGGAUAAAAUUUCGUUUUUUAGCAAAUUUCGACCUACGUUUUUCGCGAUGUCUACUAGAAGCGAAGAGGAGGAGAGGAAGCCCACGUGGAAGGAACGUGUCAUCCACGUGAUUGCCAGCACAUCAGUGGAGCCAGUAAUGUUGUUAGAUGGCUUAGCAUUUUCAAACAUGGUAGUUUUAGUUGAAAAUCUGCAAAUGGAUAAAAUUUGUCAUAUCACGCUAAACCACACUGCAGAAGUAUGUGCCAAUAUCUCUCAGUAUCCCGAUGUGCGAAAAGCCCAGCAGCAAGAAGUGAGCAUAUUCAGCAUGUAUAAUGCAAUUAUCAUGUCCGUUAUUCCUUUAUUCUUUAUUCUAUUCAUGGGUGCAUGGAGUGACAAAUACGGACGAAAAGUUCCUCUCUGCGCAGCAAUGUUAGGCCACACUAUGUACUCCGCUGGGUACCUUCUAAAUUCUUGGGUAUGGCAUUGGCCGGUGGAAUAUUUACUGGUGGUUGGGCUUUUAGAAUCGUUAGGUGGAGGUGCCGUGUCCUUCCUGACAGCUGCAAACUCGUACAUCAGUGACGUUACGACGGAAGAAUCGAGAACAUCACGAGUGGGGCUCGCCAACAGCAUUUGGUUCCUAGGCGGACCCAUCGGCACGCUGAUGGGUACGUACAUCUACCGCGCUGCUGGAUACCAAGUCCUUUUCGGGACUUCUCUCCUUAUGCACAUCAUUGCCACCCUCUAUAUUAUCUUCUUGUUGCCGGAAAGCCACGGUCCAUUCGCGGACAAGAAACGUCUUAGUAAAGUCCUUGCUCCUAAACCAACUUAUAAACUAAGGCACAGCAUCAUUCAAGUUUAUGGGCUAAGCAGAAGGAAAAAAAAUACUGAGAGUGAAGUGCAACGAGCGCUCGAUGAGAUCACUGUAAAGAAGAUGAUUCUUGACUUCUUCAAUCCCCAACGUUUUAUCGACAGCUUCCGAUCAACUCUCCGCAAGAGAGAAGGAAACGUCAGGAUCUACAUCCUCUUGCUGAUCGCUGCAAACCUCCUCAGGAAGAUUGGGCGAGGCGCCUACAUGUACCUCUUCACCCGCACGGUGCUGGACUGGGGGCCUGCUGACUACGGCGUGUGGGUGACGUACAAGAACAUCGUCGCCACGGUCGGCUCGCUGGUGGCGGUGCCCGUGCUGAGUGCCGGGCUGCAGGUGUCGGACAGCGUCCUGGCGAUGGUGGGGGCGCUGUCGUCCGUCCUCGACUACGUCCUCUACGGCCUCGUGUCGCCUAGUGCGCAGUUCCUCAUCUGGCUUGCGCCCAUCUCGGCGAUGCUGGUCAACUCCGGGGCCAUAGCCAUACGAGCCCUCCUCUCCAAAUACGUCGCCCCUGACGAGCUCGGCAAAGUGUCGGCCGUGCUAGGGGCGCUUGACGGUGUCAUGCCCAUGCUGAGCUUCUCCCUCUACACGGCCGUUUACCACUCGACCGUCGCGGUCUUCCCCGGCGCUCAGUUCUACUUCGGCGCAGCAGUCAACUGUCUCAUGGCCUUUAUUUUUGCAUUCAUCAUUUUAUCGGAUAAAACCAAGCAGUACGAUGUAGAAACAGCGAAAAUAGCUCCUCCGACCGGACCAGUGGUUGAGAAGAACCUUGUCGUUCACACAGACUCGAACUGGCUCUACGAUGACUAUAACAAUUAUAAGAUGCGUAUUUCCACCAUCCUCUUGUCCGCGAUCAACUUCAGCAUUGAGGUGCCUCUCAUGGAAAGAACUUUAUCGCGCAAAUCUAACCUUGUCAAUAAAAGGCCCGAAAGAACUAAGCCAAUGAACAUCAUCGGGGAAGGAUCUCGAGAAAACUCAGAAGAACGCGACGUUCCCGAGAACGUCGAAGCCAGGAAAGAACGCUCUGUCAACGGCAAAGUUGGAUGGUCCGUGUCAGUCGAAUCCAAGGAGAACGCCAAACGUCAAAAAUCGGACGAAGGAAUAAGCAAAGAUAUUAGCGAAGAAGAAAAUUUCGAGAGCAACGAAGAAAAAGGUGAUAAUGACGGCACAGUUAAUAAAGCGUAUGAAUCUGAUUAAGUUCUAAGAUAAUAGUUUUAGAUCAUCGAUUUGUUCAGAUAGUCAUUAUUUGACUUCGCCUGUUUCAUAUGGAAACGACGCUGCAUUAGUGAACUCUAAACGUGCUACUGAAUCACUUUCAGAAUUGAUGUUUGACGAAUGUAAAUGAGCAGUAUUGCUUCACGCACCUCUACAAGUAUUCAAUGUUUUUGAUAUAAAGGAACGCAAAUAUAUCAAUUGGUACAUUAUUUCGGUCGGUGUUCAAUUCUAAGCUGCUCACUAUACAUGACCUUAACGACCCACGAGUCGACAGAUAAGACAGAAAAUCGUAUUGUGAAUACAUGGAUCGUUCAAAAUGAUGCACCUGUAAACGUAAAUAUAAAAUCUGCCAACUAGAAAGGCCAUAUGUACAUAGCAAUUUUUAUUGUUAUUCUCAGUUUCAUCAUUAAAUUUGUCUUCAAGAGGGUUACACAUAAAUUAGUGACAUAUUAUAAAAGCAAAUAUUAUAAAUAUUGUAUAUUUUUAGU